AUGGAGGAGACAAACCCGACCCCCUCGGUGGCCGAGGGGUCCCUGAACGCCUCCGCCCGCGGGAACAGCUCCGGCGAGCUCCCCCGCCCGCACAUCCCGGCCGUGCAUUGGGUCAUCAUGAGUGUCUCCCCGCUGGGGUUUGUGGAGAACGGGAUCUUGCUCUGGUUCCUCUGCUUCCGGAUGCGAAAGAACCCCUUCACCGUGUACAUCACCCACCUGUCCAUCGCCGACAUCUCCCUGCUCUUCUGUAUCUUCAUUCUGUCCAUCGACUACGCCCUAGACUACGAGCUCUCCUCGGGACACCACUACACCAUCGUCACGCUGUCAGUCACUUUCCUGUUUGGCUACAACACGGGCCUCUACCUGCUGACGGCCAUCAGCGUGGAGAGGUGCCUGUCGGUCCUCUACCCCAUCUGGUACCGAUGCCACCGGCCCAAGCACCAGUCGGCGUUUGUCUGUGCCCUGCUGUGGGCGCUGUCUUGCUUGGUGACCACCAUGGAGUACAUCAUGUGCAUAGACACGGCGGAAGAGAGCCACUCCCGCAGCCACUGCCGGGCGGUCAUCAUCUUCAUAGCCACCCUGAGCUUCCUGGUGUUCACCCCGCUCAUGCUGGUGUCCAGCACCAUCCUGGUGGUGAAGAUCCGGAAGAACACGUGGGCGUCCCACUCCUCGAAGCUGUACAUCGUCAUCAUGGUCACCAUCAUCAUCUUCCUCAUUUUCGCCAUGCCCAUGAGACUGCUGUACCUGCUGUACUACGAGUACUGGUCCACGUUCGGGACGCUGCACAACGUUUCCCUUCUGUUCUCCACGAUCAACAGCAGUGCCAACCCGUUCAUCUACUUCUUCGUGGGCAGCAGCAAGAAGAAGCGGUUCAAGGAGUCCUUAAAAGUUGUUCUGACCAGGGCCUUCAAAGACGAGAUGCAGCCCAGGCACCAGGAAGACCAGGGCAACACCGUGUCCGUGGAGACCGUGGUGUAG